AUGCUGCGCGGCAGCCCCGAGCUGGAGCUCGCGGUCGAGUGGGAGGCGGCAGCGGCGGCGGCGGCAGCGGCGGCAGCGGCGGCGGUAGCGGCGGCCGCGGAGGAGCAGCUGGGCGUGGACGCGGGCGCGGCCGGGGAGCCCGAGCGCCCGGCGCGGGAGGAGCAGCAGCCCAAGGCCGCGCUCCCCUCCCGGGCGCGAUCCCGCGUGGCCGAGGAAGGUGAUGUCCGCGUCGCCCGGCGCCUGCCGCCCGCGCUGCCCCUGCCCCCGCCGAGGCGGGCUGCGCGCUCCCCCUGCCAGUUCGCGAAGGCCCGGAGCCGGGGCCAGAGCCAGAGCUACUGGCGGAGCUCGGGCUCGCUGCGGCCGGUCACCGUGGACAGCUCCAAGGCCCGCACCUCCCUGGAUGCUCUGAAGAUCAGCCUUCGCCAGCUCAAGUGGAAGGAGUUCCCAUUUGGCCGGCGCUUGCCUUGUGACAUCUACUGGCACGGUGUUUCAUUUCACGACAAUGACAUAUUCUCCGGUCAAGUGAACAAAUUUCCAGGCAUGACGGAGAUGGUGCGUAAAAUCACUCUGAGCCGAGCGCUGAGAAUCAUGGAGAACCUGUUUCCGGAGGAGUACAACUUCUACCCGCGCUCGUGGAUUCUGCCGGAUGAGUUCCAGCUCUUUGUUGCUCAGGUCCGAAUGGUGAAGGAUGGUGACCCCUCUUGGAAGCCCAUUUUUAUUGUGAAGCCCGAUAGUGGUUGUCAGGGUGAUGGAAUCUACCUCAUUAAAGACCCCAGUGAUGUUCGCCUGACCGGGAUGCUCCAGAGCAGGCCAGCCGUGGUCCAGGAGUACAUCCGCAAGCCUCUCCUGAUUGACAAGCUCAAGUUUGAUAUCCGCCUGUAUGUCUUGCUAAAGUCCUUGGACCCCUUAGAGAUUUAUAUAGCCAAAGACGGACUCUCUAGGUUUUGUACGGAGCCGUACCAAGAGCCCAACCCCCAGAACCUGCACCAUGUGUUCAUGCACUUGACCAACUACUCGCUGAACAUCCACAGUGGCAAGUUCGUCCACUCCGACAGCGCCAACACAGGCAGCAAGAGGACCUUCUCCAGCAUUCUGUGUAGACUGUCUUCCAAAGGUGUGGACAUCAAGAAAGUCUGGUCUGAUAUCAUCUCCUUAGUUAUUAAGACUGUCAUCGCCCUGACCCCGGAGCUCAAAGUUUUCUACCAGUCAGACAUCCCUACAGGGAGGCCGGGGCCCACCUGCUUCCAGAUUCUAGGCUUUGACAUUCUUCUGAUGAAAAACCUGAAGCCAAUGCUGCUUGAAGUAAAUGCAAACCCCAGCAUGAGAAUCGAACACGAGUACGAACUCUCUCCAGGGGUGUUUGAAAAUAUCCCCAGCCUGGUGGAUGAAGAGGUGAAGGUGGCCGUGAUCAGAGACACGCUGCGCCUAAUGGACCCGCUGAAGAAGAAAAAGGAGACUCAGUCACAGCAUCUGGAAAAGCAUUUCCCUGAGAAGGAAAAUCUGGAAUGUGAGCUGACUGGUGACCCUGACUGCAACCCCGAAGCCCACCUGCCUUCCAUUUGCCUCAAGCAGGUGUUCCCCAAGUAUGCCAAGCAGUUCAACUACCUGCGCCUCGUAGACAGGAUGGCCAACUUGUUUAUUCGCUUCCUGGGAAUCAAGGGGACUAUGAAGUUGGGACCAACUGGCUUUCGGACCUUCAUAAGGAACUGCAAGCUCAGCAGCAGCAGCCUGUCCAUGGCUGCUGUGGACAUCCUCUACAUAGACAUCACGAGGAGGUGGAACUCCAUGACCCUGGACCAGCGGGACUCAGGGAUGUGUCUGCAGGCAUUCGUUGAAGCUUUCUUCUUUCUGGCUCAGAGGAAGUUCAAGAUGGUCCCUCUCCAUGAGCAGGUGGCCUCCUUGAUCGACCUGUGCGAGUAUCACCUAUCCCUGCUGGAUGAAAAGCGCUUGGUGUGUGGCCGGGGCCGGCGCACCCAAAGCAGUCCUCCCCAGGAGAUCAACCCCACAACCCGGUCAGCUGCAGACAGCCCUGCACCCGGAGUGAUCGGCACUAACAAGCUCUCUCACUCCAGACACCCUCUGUCCUGAAGGCCACCUUGUCGUCCUGGAAGAAGGCAUGCCCCUGGACUCCCCACACCUGUCGGGAGUCACUGGGGUCCCAGCUGCAAUGGCUGUGCAUCCUCUCUGUGUUCUGCAGGGCUCUCACCUCACAUUGACAAUUCUUGCCCAUCUUCCUCCCAGCACCUCAUGGUGACCCACCCUGUUGAGUCAUCAGUGUACAUAUGACAUCUGAGCUGUGACAGAUGGCACAUACUAUUCUGGGCUCCUGGGAAGCACCAACUGGGGCAGUUCUGCCGUGCUUGGGGCCGCAGGGGGAUGGAGAGCAGGGGGAAAGGACAGACCAUCUCAGAGCAGACAGCUGUG